AAACCAAGAAAAUACCAGAAGCUUUUCCGCUUCUCAUUUCUUGAAUCUUGUCUUUUAUUUGUUCGUUUCUCUAAUGGAGGAAGCCCUUAGGAGACUCAAUGGAAUGACCCAUGUCCAAGAAACCUUUUCACAUGAACCCAUCAUCACCGACAACCACAAAAAGACUAUAAAUGGUGCACCCGCCGCUACAACCACCACUACGAACAAAAGAGCACUAAAAGAAAGCAGCGGUGGAACUAGUGGGACCAUGAGGUACCGUGGUGUACGUCGGAGACCAUGGGGUCGUUAUGCGGCGGAGAUAAGGGACCCACAGUCGAAAGAAAGACGGUGGCUUGGUACUUUUGACACGGCGGAGGAGGCUGCUUGUGCUUAUGACUGUGCAGCUCGAGCCAUGCGUGGUUUAAAAGCUCGAACUAAUUUUGUUUACCCUACUACGGAUCCUCAUUGUACAACAGACCCAUUUCUCCCCCCAUUUAAUUUCUCAUCAAAACAGUCUCAACAUGCCAUUGCUAGAGAUCUUCCUUCCCGUCAUCAUAACGCUAAUUCUUCUUCAAAUUGGCCAUCGUUUGCAAACUCUCCUGUUACUGACUUCUCUACUGGGUCUAUAAUACAGCCAAGAAGUAAUAAUGCUUCUUUUAAUAUGUUUUUUCGCGAUUUCCUUAAUCCUUCUUUUAAUCACCACAAUCAAUCUCUAUAUGAUAAUCAGUUAACAUAUGUUAACGGGUCUUCUUCUAAUUCAGCUACUACCGCUUUCUCUAAUGGCUCUUUGGUGAAUUUCUCUGACUCUAGUUUUGCAGGCUCUUCUUCUUUACCAGUGGUUGAGAACAAGGAUAAUAAUGAUAAUAAUUCUUGUGGAACUGAUUACAUGGAAUUUUUUCCCCAAGAACCGUCUGAUUCUGGGUUGCUACAGGAGAUCAUCCAAGGGUUUUUUCCAAAAUCAUCUUCUUCUACUGACAAGGUUGACAGUGCAGCAAAAAAUUCCAUGAACUGCAGUGCUAAAUCAAUGGUUGCACCUUUAUCUGAAAACCACAGGAUGGAAAAUUCACACUUGGUUAAGAAUGAGCAGUUGGGUUUAUAUUUUGAGAAUUUCCAUGGAGGGCAAGCACAUUUUGAGAAUUUCAAUGGAGUUAAUAACUCUCAUAUGGUUCCGUACAGUAAUGGGUUGAUGCCAGAGAAUCUUCAUCAAAUGGGUCCAGAAUCUAUUUUAGAUGACAUUUUUCAAUACCCAGAUCUAAUGAAAGCCUUCGCUGCAAGAAUCCAGAAUGCUUGACUCUUCCUCCAUUAAUUAGGUAGCUGGUUGACUAAGCUUAUAUAUAACUCCAAGUCAAUGCUAAUUUAGGGUUUUUGUUUAAUGUCUCUACUGUAAUACGUAUCUCUUUUUUCAGGAACUUCAAAGUAAUGAUAAUAUAUUUAUAUA